GUUUGAGAUUUGAACAAGCAUUCCGCCCUAUAUAAAUUGGACGUAACUUUUGAAGGCUGGUUUUGUGGUUUUAUGCCUUAGACUACUAUUAUGAAGAAAGCUCCGUACGACAAAAAUGCUCCAAGGCGACCUCUUUCAGCAUUUAUGUUGUUCAUGAAAAAGCGCAGACAAGAAUCAGAAUAUAUUGCUUCGCAGUCAUUUUCAGAUAGAAAUCGUAUUAUUGCUACUGAAUGGGCUGCUCUAUCUGCUGAAGAGAAACAAGUAUAUACUGACCAAGCUGCCGAAGAUCGUGAGUUAUACAAAAAAUUGUUUGCUGAAUACAAAACUACUGAUAAUUACAAGAAAUGGUUAGCUUCCAAUGAAACGGUCAAUGCUAACGGGCCCAAAGCUGGAUGUAAACGACCAGUAAAACAAAUAUCACAUACUAAAAACAAUGACAUAGAAGCAGAUUGCAAAAUUUCAAUAUUUACUCAUGAAUUUCUGGAAUACAACAGACUUCGUGAAGUUAUCUUGCGUCAAUUGAAGAAACACGUAUCACAACUUGAAGAAGAAACCGCUCUACUAAGUAAGCAUGUGGAAAAUCUUGUAAAUGCUGAAAAUCGGACAAAAAAUCAAAUUAAUACAACGAAGGAAUUACUAACCAAUGAAGAAAAUUUAUUGAAACAGCUAUGUAAAGAGUUAACAGUUGCUUUAAGCGAUGUCACUUUAUCCAAUAAUACAUCCGAUAUAAGUUUCAAAGGAAUUGAACGUAUUACAGAAACUAGUGUGGAAUCUUUUCUUUCAAAAUUAGAAUCAUUAAAAAAUUCUUCAUCUUAUUUAGAAUUAUCAUCAAAAAUUAUACAAUCUAUUCGUUUAGCUUGUCAAAAGAAAAUAAUUAAAUUAUUAAUUUAUGAAAUAAAUUAAAUGAGAAAAUUCUUUUUUGUUGUUUUUAAUAUUUAAAUGUUUGUUUGUUUUUUUUAUUUGUACUUUUAUUUACAAAUUACUAUCACUAAGAUAAUUGUUUUAUAUACACAGAUACUUAUGUUACAUGAUCAACAAUAGAGAGAAAAUUAGUUUUCUAUUUAUUUAUUUUAUACAUUCUAAUUAUUGUCUCAUUUAAAUCAUUCUCCCCAUGGUCUAUUGACUCUUUUAUUCUCCCAUUUAGUUUUUUUAAAGGAUUCAGUAAUUUCUUUAUGAAAUUCAAGAAUAUAAUCUUCAUUUAAAUUA